CAUCAUAGAUCCCUAAAUAUAAGCUCAAUUCAAGUUCUUUACUAUAUACUCUGUAUUAGUCAUUUUCUCCAUAUUUUAUUUGUUCGUUAUGUGGAUAUUUAUUAUUCUAUGUAUUCAUAAAAUUAUACUUUUGAUAACACUAUUAAGGCAAAUAUGAUAUUCAAAACACAUUUAAUUUUAAAUUCAGAAUGCUGAAUAAAAAUGUUGUCUUUUUGUGAAGAGAAAUGGGGGUGAGGUUCUGAGUUGGGAGAAUCCACACCAUAAGAGAAGAAAGAGAGAAAGAAAGAAGCUUGAGAGGUGUUGUUUUUUGAGAAAGGAUAUGAGUGAAAGUGGAGGAAUUGCAGCUUCUUCAUUGGCUUUAGCAACUGAAAAAAAGCCUCAAAAGAGUGGAGGAUGUGUGGGUCUCUUCUAUCAGCUAUUUGACUGGAAACGCAGGUUUGCCAAGAAGAAUUUUUUCCCCAAGAAAUUGCUUCCACCAGAUCUUUGUAAACAAGGUUCUAAGAAGUUCGUGGGAGAAGAGAGGCACCCGAAGCUUCGAUUGAUUGCUGAUGAGAACAGUGGCGGAUUUCCCAGCAAUAUGAAGACUAACAAGUUCUGCAGUGUUAAAUCUGAGAAGAAGAACGAAAUGCGACCUCCUGGUCUGGUUGCUAGGCUCAUGGGAUUGGAUUCCAUGCCAGCUGUUUCAAGAGACAAUAAGCCAAGGAAGGUUUUUCUGAAUGAUCAAUCUUCUUCAGUCACUAAUGAGAAAGAAGAGAAUAAGUUUGGGGGGGAAGAUGGGGUUUUUGCGAAGAUGCGGGACUUUAGGCCUCAGAAGAUUCAGAAGACAGGAACAAGUGAGAGGAGUCCGGUGACUAGGUUUGGAGCUGAGGCAUUGCAAAUAAAGAAUAUGCUUUCGCGAUCAAAGAGGAAGAAGAAUCACCACCACCACCCAAAGCUCGCUUCUCCUUUAAAAAGUGCUAAGAACGUUCCUGGGACCAGGUUGAUAGGCGUUGCCAAUAAGAUUCUUGAUCCCAGGGGUAUGCAGAGGAGGAGUAGGGGAAAAUAUUUCCUGACCUCCUCAGACACUUUGCAUCCACCUUCAUCAUGUAGAAACUGUGGGCACUCUCUUGACAUUAAGGACUCCAGACCAAACCAAGAACAAGAAUCUUUCCAAAUUCCUUGUCAAGAUUCAGAAACAAGUGUGCCUAAAGUGUCCUCAUAUGUCUUCCAAGAACAAAAGGAGAGGAGGGCUUUUACAAAAAGUUCAUCGCAUAUUAUUGGUCCUAUACAGCAUAGUCAGAAGCAAAACCAAAUGUUUCCAGGGGGAUAUAAUAGAGUUCCUGAGAGGGCAUAUUCUAUCAGUGAGACAAAAGAUGCCGUUGCAUUGAACAAAAGCAUAAACGGAUGCACUAGAAUGAGGAUGCCAACAAAAGCAGAAAGAUGUGAUUUUGAAACAGAGAGAAGACUUUCCAAUAGGAGAGCCGAAUCCCUAUCCCCGGCUCGUAAGAGAAGGUCUAUGAAUGUAACUUGCCAAAACGAAAGUUCGAGGUCCAUCAGUCUUAGUUCACGGAAAGAUUAUUCAAUGAUUGGAAAAGAGCCAAGUGGCUCAAGACAGGAUAGUGGCAUUGCUCCAUUCACUUUUAGAUCUCCAGUGGACAAGAGGGCAGCGUUGCCAAGAAAAUCUACCACGGUCAUUCUUCAGGAGCUAAAAUCUGCCUUAACAGCAGAGAGACAAUUCCACAAGGAUGGCUUUAAUGUAAGAUCAAACCGGAAUAAUACCACCUCUCAUCCCCUUGAUAGCUCAACAAAGUUUCUGGACACUUCUUUAGCCAAAGCCAAAUUUUAUAAGCCAUUCGUCACUGGCCUUUCCAACAGCAUUGCUGAAGUUCUACAAAAGUCCAAGCUUUUCUAUGGAUAUUUGAAAGGAUGCAAGCUAGAAUACGCAAAGGAGGUGAUUCUAAACACUGAACUAGUGGUUGGAAAAUUUUCCAUAACCCGUUUUGUUCUUGAGGAUCUUGAUACACUAGCGUGUGUUAUAAUGAUGAGGUAUAGUGACAUCUUUGGCUUUCAGUCUACCAAACAUGAGAAUCAAUUUAAACGGUUUGUCUUUGAUUGUGUGUUAGAGUUCCUAGACUCUAAAUGUGGUUUUGGAGCAUGGACAAAGCUACCACCUUUUAUGAACACGGAGAUGUUAGUGUUUGAGAUUCUUGAGGAGGUGAAAUUGUGGGCCGCAACGACGGGUUUGGCUCAUGAUGAGCUCUUGGAAUGGGACAUGAAUCGUUCUUUGGGGAAAUGGACUGGUUUUGAUAUUGAGGUGUUGGAAUGUAGUGCUGAGAUCGGUCAUCAAAUUGUAGAGAAAUUGGUUGAAGAAGUUGUAAAUGAUCUGUGAGACAUUCUCAACAUUCCAUAUUAUUCUUCUCCAGCAAAUCUUAACAAGAAUGUUUGUAGAACAGCAUUGUAGUGACUAACUCUGCAUCUGUAUUUUU